AUGGCGGACGCAAAGAUCCAGGACCUCCUCACGAAGCCGCGCAAUGAGUUAACGGAGUAUGAGAUCCAACAGCUCGAAGAGCACGAGUUCAGUGCGGGACCCCUCUCCAUCCUCCAGACCGCCGUUCGAAGCCAUACACAAGUCCUCAUCUCAAUUCGCAACAACCGCAAGCUGCUUGCCCGAGUCAAGGCCUUCGACCGGCAUUGCAACAUGGUGCUGGAAAACGUGAAGGAGAUGUGGACCGAGACGCCCAGACUUGCGAAUGGCAAGAAGGGCAGACCAGUCAACAAGGAUCGGUUCAUUAGCAAGAUGUUCUUGAGAGGAGAUUCAGUCAUCUUGGUUCUUCUCAGCUAG